UUAUUUGUGGUAUCUUGAUGGCAGUACCAUAAAACUUUCUAGUUGUUGUUGACUGUAGGGUAUAAAAGUGACUUAGAACUGAAAGAUUUAAUUACUCCUCCCUGUUAUUGCCUGUCUUGAGAAAACCAAAACCAGUGCUAAUGAGCACAUUUCUAGUUUAACACUACUAAAAUCCAUUCAUGCCUGGGAGCUAAGAGGAGCUAACACCUAAGGGCAAAAUUUUGUGGUUAUUAUUGACAAACACUGUUGUUUAGAGAACAAACUGAUGUGAUUCGAGGAACAGCCCAUACCUAGAGCUGUCAGAGAAUGCCCAUCUUAGCCGAAUAGCGUGUAUGAACAGUGACAUGUAUGAUAAUGCUUAAUUUUAGUUAGUUCCUAAACUAUGGAAAUAUGAAUACAGUCCUUGAGAUCUCAGGUAAGGUUCAUGCUCCAGACCAUGACUGUCACUAGGACAUUGGGGGAAUCAUAUGAUUUGGAAGGUGACUGGCUUUGCUCUAGUGGUUUGGCACAGCACCGGCUGACAAAGCAUCCAGAGAAUAAACAGCAAAACUGUGAAUCAUUCAUUUGGGGGGAGGAGGGAGAGCCAAUGGCGUGGCACAAAGUUGGGAGGUGUGUCACCUGUGCCACCUGCCCUCUCUGCUUGACAGGCCUGUUUGCAAAAGCCAGAGGACGGGCUGUCCUCUUCCACGUCCCCCCGGAGUGGUGCUAAAUCUCAGUCGCUUUGCACCUUGGUUGCUCGCGCCUUUUGCUCCCUGUUCCUCGUACCUCUCCAGUUUGCCUCGCCUUUCUUCCUCGUAUUUCCUCAGCAGCUAUGACCAGCCUGAAGGAAAUCUGUCGUGGCCUUCCUCUAUACCCUUUGCCUGAAAACAGAGGUCGGAGGAAAGGAAUACCCCAUGCACCUGUGAGAACCCCCAAUCUCACUGGUCAGGAGAAAAAGGUAACAUGGGCUUUCCCAGGGCCUCACUUCUCUUCCUUUCAGAUAAAUGCAGCUCAGGGCAGCAGACCUGAUUGCCUGAAAUGUUUUUCUGAAUAUUCACCUAACUUUGUGGCAAACGUGUUUCCUUGGUGUUAUAAUUUCAGUGGGUAAAGGGACAAAGUGCUGAAAACGCUUCUGCUUGCUUGCUUUCUUCCUCCCCCAGAGAUAAGCAGAUUGAUAUGAAGGAAAUUCACUGCCCAACAGCUACCAUGACUUUGACUGGCUAAACAAGAGGCAUGAGACUUCAAUGCUGUCAAUCCAGUGUUGUUCCUUGGAGGUGAAAUGAUGACUGCUGUUGUGAAAACACUGCAUAUGUAUGAGAGUGAAAGCUAAUCCCUCAGAUACAAUAAAUGUCAAAUGUGGUGAAGCAACAUCAUGGUGCAAGCUACACAUAUGUAUGUUUGCACAAGAGAUCCAAAGAGAAAUCAUUUUAACUAGUAGUCUGAAGCGUCCUGGAAUUUAGGCAAGUUUGUAGGGAGUUAAUUAUUUGUCUUUAGUUGUGUAAUUCUUUUUCUGUCUCUUUUUGUUUGAAUAGUCUACGUACACACUAAAGUAAUCAUUGCAUUAUUUCACGUUAGUGAUUUGAAAAAUGUCAUCAGCAGAAAAUAAUGGUCAAUGGGUGGAGAUCCUUAGGAAUUUGUGUGGGAGAGGAUAAGGUGAGUUCCUUAGUUUGGAAGCCUGUACUUCAUCACGUGUAACAUCACUUAUAAUGUACCAUUCUGGUCAGAACAGAGAAGUUCCUUCCCCACUAACAAGUUGCAUGCAACUUUUUUGCCUUUGUGGGAGUUCCCCACUGGCAUGAGCAGCCAAAUUCUUUCAAAGCCCACUUGCACAAGCAGAGCAGAGCCUAGUCAAAGGGUAGAAAGAGCAACAGCUGUGAGAUAUCCAAAGAGGAUAUACUUCAAUGUCAGGAGCGUUCAUGGCUGAGGCGUGCUGUUCGUGCCUGGGACAGCUCAGACACGUGGAACUGUGGCUACUAAGCGUGUGGAAGAAGGGGGCUGUGGUGUGUGGUGAUGGCUGUGAGGGUAAAGGAGCAGGGAGUGAGUUUCAUCGCAUGUCGGAACAUUGCCAAUCAUCUCUGUUUUAUCCCUUGCCUUUGCUAAUCACUUUUCCCCCGGAGAAGUCUGCUAUAGCGUGGAGGAGUCCAUGUUGCAGGAGAGAAGAUCGCGUCUCUCAAAAGGACACCAAACCUUACUCUCUACCCGGAGAGAAAGCUGGCUUUGCGCAAUGCCUUGCGUUAUUUCCCACCUGAAAUACAAAAAAAGCUGGCACCGGAAUUUGCUGAAGAACUCAGGCUGUAUGGCCAUAUCUAUAUGUACAGAUUCUUCCCAGAUAUCGAGAUGAGAGCGUACCCCAUAGGAGAAUACCCGUGCAAGACCAAAUCGGCUGCUGCCAUUAUGUUGAUGAUCAUGAAUAAUCUGGAUCCCUCAGUGGCUCAGUUUCCCCAGGAGCUCGUCACUUAUGGAGGAAACGGGCAGGUCUUCAGCAACUGGGCGCAGUUCUGGUUGGUAAUGCACUACUUGUCAGAGAUGACUGAGGAGCAAACACUGGUAAUGUACAGCGGACACCCUCUGGGACUCUUUCCCAGCCAUCGGAAUGCUCCUCGAUUAAUCAUUACCAAUGGCAUGGUUAUUCCCAACUAUUCCACCAGAGAUGAAUAUGAGAAGAUGUUUGCUUUGGGAGUAACAAUGUAUGGGCAGAUGACUGCAGGGAGCUACUGCUACAUCGGGCCUCAGGGGAUUGUCCAUGGGACUGUGCUCACAGUGCUCAAUGCGGGCCGUCGCUACUUGAAGGCAGAAGACCUGUCUGGAAAGGUGUUUGUUACUUCUGGUCUUGGAGGGAUGAGUGGGGCUCAAGCGAAGGCCGCAGUGAUCGCUGGCUGUGUGGGCAUCAUUGCAGAGGUUGAUGAAGCAGCACUUCUGAAACGUCACAAGCAGGGAUGGCUGAUGGAGAUCUCGAACAGCCUGGACCAUUGCAUUGCUCGCCUUAGAGAUGCAAGAAAGAAUAAAAUUGCCCUUAGUUUGGGUUACCAUGGGAAUGUGGUCGAUCUGUGGGAGCGGCUGGUGUACGAGCUGGACACAACAGGAGAGCUGCUGGUUGACCUGGGCUCUGACCAAACUUCGUGUCACAACCCGUUCAGCGGGGGAUACUACCCAGUACAGCUUGGUUUUGAGGAAGCAAAGCAGCUCCUUUCCACCAAUCCAGGGAAGUUCCGGACCCUGGUACAAGAGAGUCUGAGGAGACAUGUGGCUGCUAUUAACAGACUGGCUGAUAAGGGCAUGUUUUUUUGGGAUUAUGGCAAUGCUUUUCUCUUGGAAGCUCAAAGGGCUGGUGCUGAUGUUGGGAAAAGAGGAGCCAACAAAACAGAAUUUCGAUAUCCUUCCUAUGUUCAGCACAUCAUGGGGGACAUUUUUUCCCUGGGAUUUGGGCCAUUCCGCUGGGUUUGCACCUCAGGUGACCCACAGGAUCUUGCUGCCACUGACUCGAUUGCCAUGUCUGUGCUGGAAGACUCGAUACGUCGGGGAGUGAGCACAUCUGUGAAGCAGCAGUACCAUGACAACAUCCGCUGGAUUCGGGAAGCUGGCAGGCACCGGCUGGUUGUUGGCUCUCAAGCUAGAAUCUUAUAUUCUGAUCAGAGGGGUCGUGUGUCUAUAGCUGUGGCUAUUAAUCAAGCAAUUUCUGAAGGAAAGAUUAAGGCUCCAGUUGUCCUCAGCCGAGAUCACCAUGAUGUGAGUGGGACCGACAGUCCUUACAGAGAAACGUCCAACGUUUAUGAUGGAUCAGCCUUUUGUGCAGACAUGGCGGUACAAAAUUUUGUAGGAGAUGCAUUUAGAGGAGCAACCUGGGUUGCACUGCACAAUGGUGGUGGAGUUGGCUGGGGUGAAGUGAUCAAUGGGGGAUUUGGCCUGGUUUUGGAUGGGUCCAAGGAAGCUGAAGAACGGGCUAAGAUGAUGCUCAGCUGGGAUGUUUCCAAUGGGGUUGCCAGACGCUGCUGGUCGGGUAAUGAUUAUGCUUAUGAAACAAUCUGCCAAGCAAUGAAAGAGAAUUCAACGUUGAAGGUGACUCUCCCUCACAAGGUGGUGGAUGAGAAUAUCUUGGAACAAGCCAUGAAGCAUUAGUGGCAUUCCAAGUGCAGUAUUGUCCUUGCAGAUACAGUCGAAAUUGCUUCCUUGAUAUGCUCUUUUGCUCUCUGGCCAAAUAAUAAAAACCUUGCAAAUGUC